AUGGUUGAUUCGACAUCUUUAUCAUCUUCUAAUCGGAAAGUUCAUGAUGUUUUAUGGUCUCGACGAUAUUUAACGGAGGUGAAAAAGUUAGACGAAAGCAAUUAUGAGGACUUGGAAAAUAUGAUGCGUUCGGAAGUUUGGUUAAUCGGUCAUUCACUUGGUGGAUCUUUGACCUUGUUACCAGGAUUAACUUAUGGCUUGCCAGUGGUUGCAUACGAGGCACCUGGGGAAAGACAAGCCGUAAAAGGAUUACAUUUAUCAGGACCAAAAAAGAUGGAAACAAAAUGUCAUGUCGGAAAAGUAUGUGUAUUUGAUGUAAUUGAGAAAUUAAAAUGGGGUAUAAGUUUAAAAACACACAGUAUUAAAGAGGUGAUUGAGAAAAUUUUAACUCUUUGGAAUGAGACUUAUAACUUUGCAAUGCCGGAAUGUAAACAUGAACAUAAAUGUGAAGAUUGUGUACUUUGA